CUAUGAACCAAAACUGUCAAUCGUAACGAUCGAAGAGUGGAACAUCGAGGAGAGGUCGUGGAGGAUUUUUACCAUCUAGCCACCAUCGCCGUUCGCCAAUUACACCAUGGCUGAUACCGAAAAGGCGCCGCAGCCGCAGCCCCAACAGCAGCAGCAAUCUGAACAACCAGUUCAGCCGCAACAAGCUAAAGCGGCUAAACAAAAGCAGGUCAUCGCUGAAAAAGUUUCGGGAACUGUGAAAUGGUUCAAUGUGAAGAGCGGAUAUGGUUUCAUCAACAGGAAUGACACCAAGGAGGAUGUGUUUGUGCACCAAACUGCAAUUGCCCGGAACAAUCCACGCAAGGCUGUGCGCUCGGUCGGCGACGGAGAGGCGGUGGAGUUUGCCGUGGUCGCCGGGGAGAAAGGCUAUGAAGCGGCCGGAGUUACGGGUCCCGGCGGCGAGCCAGUCAAGGGUUCGCCAUAUGCAGCUGAUAAACGCCGCGGCUUCCAUCGCCAAUAUUACCCCCGUCAAGGCGGCGGACGGGGAGGUGAAGGCGCUCCACGUAGAGGAGGUAUGGGACGUCGUGGGCCCCCGCCCAGCCAGGGGGGCGCACAAGGUGAUGAGGGUCAAGAAGGAAGCGGAGCACCACCGCAGCGCAGUUACUUCCGCCGCAACUUCCGUGGAGGGCGUCGUGGGGGCGGCCCGGGCCCAAUGAACCGCGGCGGCUACCGUCGCCCUCGCCCGCGUAACUACCAGGGCCAAGGUGGCUCAGCGCCUGCCGGUCAAGCCAACCAGGCCCAGCGCCAAAACGGCCAAGAGGGUGAGGCCUCUGCCACCGCAUCGUCCCCUCAACCGCAGCAACAGGCCAAGCCCAAGAGCAACAAUAAACCAGCUGGCGCUACCAUUGAGACAACCACCAAUGAGAGCCAGGCCUAAACACCUAGCAGCCCUAUGGAGUGGCACACUCCCUCAAUGUAGUAGUGAAUGUUAAUUCUAGAUGUGCCACAUGUCCAUCACAACUAUCUGUCUUGUCUGUUCAACUGAAGAGUGUUCGUUUUAAAUGUUGCAGACAUUUACAUAUACAUUUUAACAUCAAUUUUUUUGUCUCAGUGAUAAUGUCGGGGGAUUUUCUAUAUGGAACUGCAUCGGUAUCAUGGAUCAAAGAUGUGAUAUUUUUAUUAUUAUAAAAUUUAAUAUAUUGUCUUGUUUGAAUGUUUGUACUUACAAUAUUUGGUUGUGUAACAUUAGAUUGUGUACAAUAUUUUAAACUGUUUGAAAUUAUACAAAAAAAUCAUAUGUACACAUUUUCAUAGGUAGUGAUUUUGAUCUCCAAGGACGAAAUAACUGUUGUGCAAUGAAAUAAUAAUAAUAUUAUUAUAUUUAUAUAUAUAUAUUAUUAGUAGAAAAUUGAGAAAUGAUGUGCAGGUUCCAAUGCCCCAAGAAAAUCACAUAAUUUUAGUGCGUCUUUUUAUUUGUUGCAUAUAAGUCUUUGUCAUCCGUUUUUUUUAACCACAACUUAUUUUAAUUUUUUUUUCAUAUUGAGUCUUUUAUGGAAGCUCCAAAUGUUUUAAACCAAUUGUACUUUUUAGUUAGGUAUUAAAUUUGUUGCAUAUCAAGUCUUGUAUGUCCGAUUGCGUAUUAUAUAACAAUCUCUUUUUAAGUUGCAUUUUUAUUAUUUUAACUUAAAAAGGUUAUUUUUUUCCUUAAACUACUUAAUGUAAAACUAAACACUCUCAGAAAGUAAUAAACUUCUUUUUACCUGUGUGAAA